AUGACCACGACCCCCACCGACCUCGCCAAUCUCAACGACCUCAUCACAAGCUCGCUCGAUGACACCAUCGCGAUCCGGCGCGACCUGCACGCGCAUCCCGAGAUCAAGUUCAAGGAAUCCCGCACCUCAAAUGUCAUCCAGCAGCACCUGAGCGACCUCGGAAUCGAGUUCAAAGCGAACAUCGGAGGCAAGGACCCCAACACAGGGACUGGCGUCGUCGCGCAUCUCCCCGCGACUACGGACAAUCCCGGCCCCUGCAUCGGACUGCGAGCGGACAUCGACGCGCUGCCGAUCACCGAGAUCUCCGACCUCCCCCACAAGUCCACCCACGAGGGCACGAUGCACGCGUGCGGCCAUGACGGGCACACCGCGAUCCUGCUCGGAGCCGCGAAGGUUCUGUCCUCGAUGGAGCACCGACCCAACCCGAUCACUUUCGUCUUCCAGCCCGCAGAAGAAGGCGGCGCGGGUGCUGAGAAACUCAUCCGCGAUGGCGCCCUCGACGGACUCAUUGGACCCCCGAUCACCAAAAUGUUCGGUCUCCACGGCUGGCCCGACGAAACACUCGGGACCAUCUCCACACGCCCCGGCCCGCUGCUCGCCGCGACCGAUACCUUCACGAUCACCGUCAAUGGAACGCAGGCCCACGCCGCGUACCCACACCUCGGGAACGACCCCAUCGUCGCCGCGGCUCAGAUCGUCAGCAGCGCCCAGUCCAUCGUCUCCAGAUCCACCAAACCGACGGAUUCCGUCGUCCUCUCGAUCACGACGAUCCACGCCGGGACAGCGUUCAACAUCAUCCCAGGAGCCGCGAUCUUGCAAGGGACCCUGCGGACCCUCUCAGACACCACGCGAUCGGACACCAAGGCCCGAUUCACCAAGCUGAUCGAGUCCACAGCCGCCGCUCUGGGAUGCUCAGCGAGCAUCGAGUGGUUCCCGGGCUACCCCGUCACCCAGAACGACCCUCAGCAGACGGAGCAUGUCUUUGAAAUCGCCCAAUCUGCGGGCGGAUGCGAGCAGACCAAGCUCGUCGAGGAGCCGACCCUCGGCGGCGAGGACUUCUCGUUCUACGCUCAGAAGGUCCCCUCCUGCUUCUUCUUCCUGGGACUCGCUCAUGACCAGCAAACGCCGUUCCCAGGACUCCACACACCUAGUUUUGAUUUCAACGAUCAAUCCAUCCCAUUGGGCGUAGAGAUGAUGGAUUCGCUCAAGCGAUCCAGUCCGAGAACCGAUGGAGACUCCAUGAACAUUCGUUUGACCCCAAUCGUGAUCGUUGCCAGCGCCCUCGUGCUCGCAUUCUCUUCGGGCUGCCGCGUAGAGCGGACCACUGGUCAGCGUCACCAAGCGCGUGCGAUCGACACGAUCCUCCGUGCCGAAGCGGGACGUCUCAACGACCAGUCCCUCUCCGAGGACACCCUCGAGGACUACGCCCACCUCAACCAGCUCUACAUCGAUCUGGUCAACGCCGCCGUGCGUUCAGGUGAAGCGGAUCCGCUGACUGUCCAGGAAGCCGAGGACGAGCUCCGCCGCAUCGCGAGCGAAGCGCGUCAGCUCGAAGCGUUCCACAUGUGGUCCCCAGAAGCACAAGCGAACUUCGAAGAGAGCUUCUGGCGCUUCCGCCUCAAGAAGUGGCAGCAGUGGCGCGGAUCGAGCUCCUCGGAGAUCGAGCGGAAGAUCAUCCGCACCAACGACGGAUUCACACUCUCCGUCAACAGCUACCCCAACUGGUCACUCCGCUGGGAUCAAGUCACCGGAGUCGUCGCGUACAAACGAGCACUCAUCAGCACUGAUCAGAUCUGCUUCGGAUUCCGCAUCGGAGAGGACCAACUCCAUCUCCGCUGCAUCGAUGAGGACACACUGGGAUUCAAUUCUAUUGAGGACGACAUCAGUGUCCGAACAGACGGUGCCUGGCCUGCAUUGUUCACCGAUGUCGCUUGGCCUCCAUUUGAACUCUGCUGGACUGUGCUCUGGACAGCGCAAGGCUCCGAUCCGAUUCAGGACAACCCAAUCCUGCACAUGAUCGAUAUCCCGGAGUGGGGGAGCGAGGACCACAACACACGCAUCAAGCGCCUGCACGCGAUGGCGCGGGACCUGCCCCUCGCGCCCGGCGUCUACCUGAUGAAAGACCACAAGGGCAUCGUGCUCUAUGUCGGGAAAGCGACCAAGCUUCGCGAUCGUGUCUCGUCGUACUUCCUCCCCUCGACCGAUCUGGGUCCUCGCAAGAACAAGAUGCUCGACGAGGUCCACACCUUCGAGGUCUUCAAAACCGAUACCGCGUGGGAAGCGCUCCUCGCUGAGAACCGUCUCAUCAAGGACAUCAAACCCCGCUUCAACGCCGCCCAAAAGGACGACCGGACCUAUCCCUACCUCGUCGUGACCAACAACGAGGACUACCCGCGCGUGUUCGUUUCGCGGAACCCCACUGGGAUCAAACCCGACGGCACCAAGGACCCCCACUACACCAACGCGAGCAUCCUCGGCCCGUUCACUUCUCCCGGCGCGCUCCGCACCGCUGUCGAUGCGCUCCAGUCCGUGUUCAAGUUCCGCACCUGCUCGCUCGACAUCAUCGAGGGUGAUCCCAAGAACAAACACUUCCGUCCCUGCCUGCUCGCAUCGAUCGGGAAGUGCACCGCGCCGUGCAACGAAUCGAUCACCAAAGAGCGCUACCGCGAGGAUAUCACCCGAUUCGUGCGCUUCCUCAAGACCAAGCGCUCGACGAUGAUCAGGGAGCUGCAGUCGGAGAUGGCCGAAGCGUCCGAGCGGAUGGACUUUGAGCGAGCCGCGACGCUGCGGGAUCAGAUCAACGCGAUGAUCAAGAUCGACAACCGCGCCUCGACGAGCGACAAGUGGCAACCCGAAGCGGAGAUCGGGUACAUCGAUCCGAUCAAGGGGUGCCAAUCCCUCGCGCGUGCUUUGGACAUGAACACCACGAUCCGCUGCGUCGAGGGGUUCGACAUCGCGCACCUCCAAGGCGGGGAGACCGUCGCGUCCAAGGUCUGCUUCAUCGACGGCAGACCAUUCAAACAGGAAUACCGGCGCUUCCGAAUCAAGUCCUUCACGUCAUCUCACGCAGGUUCCGCGACGCGGGCGCCGGACAAGAGCUCUAUCCCGAUGUCAUCCUGA